AGGCGACAGGAGACUCCUGGACCCAGCACCUGCCCACUGUGCCUGUCCACCUGUGGCUACAGCAGCUGAGACCCCAGUGGGCUAAGAUUGGACAGGGGCCACCAGGGACCCAGCAAGUCCUUCAGCUCUAUUUUUGAAACAUGAAUCCUUCACUCCUCCUGGCUGCCUUUUGCCUGGGAAUUGCCUCAGCUGCUCUAACACGUGACCACAGUUUAGACGCACAGUGGACCAAGUGGAAGGCAAAGCACAAGAGAUUAUAUGGCAUGAAUGGAGAAGGAUGGAGGAGAGCAGUGUGAGAGAAGGACGUGAAGAUGAUUGAGCAGCACAAUCAGGAAUACAGCCAAGGGAAACACAGCUUCACAAUGGCCAUGAACGCCUUUGGAGACAUGACCAAUGAAGAAUUCAGGCAGGUGAUGAAUGGUUUUCAAUACCAGAAGCACAGGAAGGGGAAACAGUUCCAGGAACGCCUGCUUCUUGAGAUCCCCACAUCUGUGGACUGGAGAGAGAAAGGCUACGUGACUCCUGUGAAGGAUCAGGGUCAGUGUGGCUCUUGUUGGGCUUUUAGUGCAACUGGUGCUCUGGAAGGGCAGAUGUUCUGGAAAACAGGCAAACUUAUCUCACUGAAUGAGCAGAAUCUGGUAGACUGCUCUGGGCCUCAAGGCAAUGAGGGCUGCAAUGGUGGCUUCAUGGAUAAUCCCUCCCGGUAUGUUCAGGAGAACGGAGGCCUGGACUCUGAGGCAUCCUAUCCACAUGAAGGAAAGGUUAAAACCUGUGGGUACAAUCCCAAGUAUUCUGCUGCUAAUGACACUGGCUUUGUGGACAUCCCUUCACGGGAGAAGGACCUGGCGAAGGCAGUGGCAACUGUGGGGCCCAUCUCUGUUGCUGUUGGUGCAAGCCAUGUCCCCUUCCAGUUCUAUAAAAAAGGAAUUUAUUUUGAGCCACGCUGUGACCCUGAAGGCCUGGAUCAUGCUAUGCUGGUGGUUGGCUACAGCUAUGAAGGAGCAGACUCAGAUAACAAUAAAUAUUGGCUGGUGAAGAACAGCUGGGGUAAAAACUGGGGCAUGGAUGGCUACAUAAAGAUGGCCACAGACCGGAGGAACAACUGUGGAAUUGCCACAGCAGCCAGCUACCCCACUGUGUGAGCUGAUGGAUGGUGAUGAGGGAGAACUUGACUGAGGAUGGCACAUCCAAAGGAGGAAUUUAUCUUCAAUCUACCAGCCCCUGCUGUGUUGAAUGCACAUUUCAAUCAUUGAAGAUCCAAGUGUGAGUGGAAUUCUGAUAUUUUCACACUGGUAAAUGUUACCUGUAUUUUAAUUACUGCUAUAAACAUGUUUGUAUUAUUGAUUCACUUACUUUGUAUUUUCAUUUUAAAAGGAUAUAUACAAUUUUACCUGUUUAAAUAAACUGUAAUUUCAAAUGUA